AUGACGGUCUGGCGAGCAACCAAUCCUGAUGCUAGAGAUUUUCCUGUUGACAUGGGUUUUGCUAACUUGUGUAUCACGAAAACCAGUAACUCGGAACAGAAUAUUGCAACAAAAAUAGACGAGUAUGAAAUAAGGUACAAGAAAAGAGGAAACAGUUCGUCAAAAGAAGAGAGUUAUCCGAUUGAACAACAUUUGAUUGCUUUUGGAUGCAAGGUGGAAUCUAACAAUGAGAAUCAGACUCUGGCAAGUAAAGAAAAAUGUGAACUUGCUUUGGAAGGAGCAGAUUCCCAAGAACACUUGGAUAAGAUCGCAAUGCUUGUGGAUGAUGAAGAGCUGGAGCUGAGAGAAUUACAAGGAAGCCCAAAUGCACUAGGGUUCUCUGAUCAUUUUACUACUAAUGGAGAUCAUGCCCGUUCACUUUGCAAAGAUUUGGGGAUUCAAGCUCUCGAUAGGCAGCAACAAGGUCGAUCGAGACGACAGCUGGUUGUGAUCACUUGGGCUACACUCGCAGGCCCAUGA